AUGCGCUCAGUCUGCACGCCCGGGAUCGCGCCCCGCGCGCGGCCGGCCGCCACCCCCUCCUCCUCGGGAUCCCCGCGGGCGCCGCCGCCGCCCCGGCUGCUGCUGGUGCUGCCGCUUCUCCUGUCACUGGUAAGCCACCUCCGGGCGCAGCCCGCUGUCCCCGGACGGGCAUUGCUGUCCCCGGAUCUUGCUGGGACUUCAGGGGUCCCCGCUGAGGACGCUAUCGUGCUGGCCAACCGUGGGCUCCGGGUGCCCUUCGGCCGGGAGGUUUGGCUGGAUCCGCUGCACGAUCUGGUGCUGCAGGUGCAGCCCGGGGACCGCUGCGCGGUGACCGUGCUGGACAACGACGCUCUCGCCCAACGGCCCGGCCGCCUGAGUCCCCAACGCUUCGCGUGCGACUUCGGCCCUGGAGAGGUGCGGUACUCGCACCUGGGCGCGCGCAGCCCGUCGCGGGAUCGGGUCCGGCUGCAGCUGCGCUACGACGCGCCAGGAGGGGCGGCCGUGCUCCCCUUGGUGCUGGAGGUGGAGGUGGUGUUCACCCAGCUGGAGAUCGUGACUCGGAACUUGCCCCUGGUCGUGGAGGAGCUGCUGGGCACCAGCAACGCCUUGGAUGCGCGGAGUCUGGAGUUCGCUUACCAGCCCGAGACGGAGGAGUGUCGCGUGGGCAUCCUGUCGGGCCUGGGCGCGCUGCCUCGCUAUGGGGAACUCCUGCACUAUCCGCAGGUCCCCCCGGAGCCGAUCCUAGAGGCGGGGAGCAGCCAGGAGCCUCUGCUGAUGGACUGCCGAGCGUUCCUGGAGCUCGGCGUGCGCUAUCGCCACACGGCGCCUAGCCGCUCGCCCAACCGGGACUGGGUGCCCAUGGUGGUGGAGCUGAGGGCACGGGGCGCCCCGGUGGGCAGCCCCGCUUUGAAACGCGAGCACUUCCAAGUGCUGGUCAGGAUCCGAGGAGGGGCCGAGAACACCGCGCCCAAGCCCAGCUUCGUGGCGAUGAUGAUGAUGGAGGUGGACCAGUUCGUCCUGACUGCCCUGACCCCAGACAUGCUGGCGGCCGAAGACACCGAGUCGCCCCCCGACCUGCUCAUCUUCAACCUCACCUCGCCCUUCCUGCCGGGCCAGGGCUACCUGGUGAGCACCGAUGACCGCAGCCUGCCCCUGUCCUCCUUCACCCAGCGGGACCUGCGCCUUCUCAAGAUCGCCUACCAGCCCCCUGCAGAGGACGCCGACCGGGAGCGUCUCUUCGAGCUGGAGCUGGAGGUGGUGGACCCCGAAGGAGCCGCCUCCGAUCCCUUUGCCUUCAUGGUGGUGGUGAAGCCCAUGAACACGCUGGCCCCGGUGGUGACCCGCAACACGGGCCUCAUCCUCUAUGAGGGCCAAGCUCGGCCCCUUACGGGCCCAGCCGGCAGUGGACCUCAGAACUUGGUUGUGAGUGAUGAGGAUGACUUAGAGGCGGUGCAGCUAGAGGUGGUGGCGGGGCUCCGACAUGGUCACUUGGUCCUUCUGGGGACCUCCCCCGGCACCACUGCUGCUCCCAAGACCUUUUCUGUGGCUCAGCUAGCGGCCGGACAGGUGGUCUACCAGCAUGACAGCCGGGACGGGGCCCUCAGUGACAACCUGGUGCUGCGUAUGGUAGAUGGGGGAGGCCGGCACCAGGUGCAGUUCCUGUUCCCCAUCACCUUGGUGCCUGUGGAUGACCAGCCGCCUGUCCUCAACGCCAAUACGGGGCUCACCCUGGCCGAGGGGGAAACGGCGCCCAUCCUGCCUCUCACGCUCAGCGCCACUGACAUGGACUCAGAUGACUCGGAACUGCUCUUUGUGCUGGAAUCGUCCUCCUCGGGCAUCGGGCAUCUGCUCCUCCGCCAGCCUCACCCACCCCCCAGGCAGGAGGAGGAGCUUCUCCGGGGACCCUGGAGAAAAAAAGGAGCAUUCUACGAACAAACAGUGACCGAGUGGCGGCAGCGGGACAUCACGGAGGGCCGGCUGUUCUACAGGCACACUGGACCCCACAGUCCCCGGCCAGUAAUGGACCAGUUCACAUUUCGAGUCCAGGAUAACCAUGACCCCCCGAAUCGGUCGGGGCUGCAGAGGUUCGUGAUCCGCAUUCAUCCGGUGGAUCGCCUCGCCCCCGAGCUGGGCAGCGGCUGUCCACUCCGAAUGGUGGUCCAGGAGGCCCAGCUCACACCACUGAAGAAGAAGUGGCUGCGCUACACCGACGCGGACACAGAUGACCGGGAACUGCGCUACACAGUGACUCAGCCCCCCAUGGACACAGAUGAAAACCACUCGCUUGCCCCACUGGGCACCUUGGUCCUGACUGACAACCCCUCUGUGGUGGUGGCCCAUUUUACCCAGGCUCAGAUCAACCACCACAAGAUUGCCUACCGGCCCCCAGACCAAGAACUGGGAGUGGCUGCCCGCGAGGCCCAGUUCCAGUUCCAGGUGGAGGACCGAGCAGGGAAUGUGGCUGCAGGUACCUUCACCCUCUACUUGCAGCCUGUGGACAACCAGCCACCUGAGAUCCUUAACACAGGCUUUAGUCUGCAAGAGAGAGGCCACCACAUCCUAAGCGAGAAUGAGCUGCGUGUGAAUGAUGUGGACACGGAUGUUGCCCACAUCUCUUUCACUCUCACACAGGCACCCCGACAUGGUCACCUCAGGGUGUCAGGACAUAUGUUGCAUGUUGGGGGGAGCUUCCACUUUGAGGACAUCCAACAGGGUCGCAUUUCCUACACCCAUAAUGGGGACAAAUCCCUGACUGACAGUUGCCUCUUGGAGGUCAGCGACAGACACCAUGUGGUACCCAUCACGCUCAGAGUGACUGUCCGGCCAGUGGAUGAUGAAGGACCCAUGCUGAGCCUCCCUGCGGGCACCCUGGGGUCCUACCUAGAUGUUUUAGAGAAUGGGGCUGCUGAAAUCACAGCCAGUGUUAUUAAGGGGACUAAUGAAGACACUGAUGAUUUGAUGUUAACUUUCCUCUUGGAGGAUCCGCCCUUAUAUGGAGAAAUUUUGGUCAAUGGUGUUCCAGCUGAGCAGUUUACCCAAAAGGAUAUCUUGGAGGGCUCUGUGGUUUAUGCACACACUGGUGGGGAGAUAGGGCUCUUGCCAAAAGAGGACUCUUUCAACCUGAGUCUGUCAGACAUGUCUCAAGAAUGGAGGUGGGGGGGCAAUACUAUCCAGGGAGUCACUGUGUGGGUGACCAUCCUCCCUGUUGAUAACCAGGCUCCAGAAAUCUCUGUGGGAGAACGGUUUGUUGUAACAGAAGGUGACAAAAGUGUUAUAACCUCACUGCAUAUAAGUGCUGCAGAUAUCGAUUCCCUAAAUGAUGACAUCUUGUGCACUAUAGUUAUCCAGCCUACCUCAGGUUAUGUUGAGAACAUUUCUCCAGCACCAGGCUCGGAAAAAUCAAGAGCAGGAAUUGCCAUAAGUGCCUUCACGCUGAAAGAUCUCAGGCAGGGUCAUAUUAACUAUGUUCAGAGUGUCCACAAAGGGGUGGAACCUGUUGAAGACCGGUUUAUAUUUCGUUGUUCUGAUGGCAUUAACUUUUCAGAACGGCAGUUUUUCCCCAUUAUAAUUGCUCCCAUUAAUGAUGAACAGCCAGAAAUAUUUAUGAGGGAAUUUAUGGUAAUGGAAGGCAUGAGUCUAGUGAUUGAUACACCCAUUCUCAAUGCUGCCGAUGCUGAUGUCCCCCCAGAUGACUUAACAUUCACAAUUACCCAGUUUCCUACUCAUGGUCAGAUCAUGAGCCAGCUGAUAAAUGGUACAGUAUUGGUCGAAAGCUUCACCUUAGAUCAAAUUAUAGAGAGUUCCAGCAUUAUUUAUGAGCACGAUGACUCUGAGACACAGGAAGACAGUUUUGUGAUUAAACUGACAGAUGGUAAAUUUGCUGUGGAAAAGACUGUUCUCAUUAUGGUAAUUCCAGUUGAUGAUGAGACCCCCAGAAUGACCAUCAAUAAUGGAUUGGAGAUAGAAAUUGGGGAAACCAAAAUUAUCAACAACAAAAUAUUAAUGGCAACUGAUUUAGAUUCUGAAGACAAAUCCUUGGUUUAUGUUAUUCGUUUUGGGCCAGGACAUGGUUUAUUACAGAGACAAAAAUUUACAGGUUCCUUUGAAAAUAUCACUAUAGGCAUGAACUUUACACAAGAUGAAGUAGAUAGAAACUUAAUUCAGUAUGUCCAUUUGGGAAAAGAGGGCCUUCGGGAUCUAAUUAAAUUUGAUGUGACUGAUGGAGUAAAUGCCCUCAUUGAUCGAUACUUUUAUGUAUCGGUUGGAAGUAUUGAUAUUGUUUUCCCUAAUGUGAUUAGUAAGGGAGUAUCCUUGAAAGAAGGUGGAAAAGUCACCCUCACGACAGACCUACUAAGUACCAGUGAUCUGAACAGUCCUGAUGAAAACUUAGUUUUUACCAUCACUAGGCCUCCCAUGAGAGGUCACUUAGAGUCUACAGACCAACCACGAGUAUCCAUCACAUCUUUUACUCAACUCCAACUAGCAGGCAACAAGAUAUAUUAUAUCCACACAGCUGAUGAUGAGGUGAAAAUGGACAGUUUUGAGUUUCAAGUCACUGAUGGACAUAACCCUGUCUUCCGGACCUUCCGUAUCUCCAUUAGUGAUGUGGACAAUAAGAAGCCAGUGGUCACCAUCAAUAACCUGAUUGUCAGCGAAGGAGAAAACAAACUGAUCACUCCUUUUGAACUCACCGUUGAAGACAGAGAUACUCCUGACAACCUCCUGAAAUUCACCAUCACCCAAGUUCCUGUGCAUGGUCAACUGCUUUUCAAUCACAGCAGACCUGUCAUGGUUUUUACCAAGCAAGAUUUGAAUGAAAACUUAAUCAGUUACAGACAUGAUGGCACUGAGUCAAGUGAGGACAGCUUCUCCUUCACAGUGACUGAUGGCUCCCACACAGAGUUCUAUGUUUUUCCUGAUACAAUAUUUGAAACAAGGAGGCCCCAAGUGAUGAAGAUCCAGGUCUUAGCUGUUGACAAUAAUGCUCCCCAAAUCGUCAUCAACAAAGGAGCCUCUACACUUCGUCAUCUGGCUAUUGGCCACUUGGGAUUCAUGAUCACAAACAAAAUAUUGAAAGUGGAGGACAGAGACAGCUUACAUUCCUCCCUUCGGUUUAUUGUGACAGAGGCCCCGCGACAUGGAUAUCUCCUCAAUCUGGGCAAAGGAAACCACAGUGUCACUCAGUUUACACAAGCUGACAUUGAUGAUAUGAAAAUAUGCUAUGUACUAAGAGAUGGGGCUAAUGCCACAAGUGACAUUUUCCAUUUUACUGUUGAAGAUGGUGGUGGAAACAAGCUAACCAAACAGCAUUUUCGUCUGAAUUGGGCAUGGAUUUCCUUUGAAAAGGAAUAUUACCUCAUCAACGAGGACGCCAAAUUUCUAGAUGUUGUUCUAAAGCGUAGAGGCUAUUUGGGAGAAACUGCAUUUAUCAGUAUUGGCACGAGAGAUGGGACGGCGGAAAAAGACAAAGAUUUCAAGGGCAAAGCUCAGAAACAGGUACAGUUCAACCCAGGCCAGACACGAGCAACGUGGAGGGUGCGGAUUCUGAGCGACGGGGAGCAUGAGCACUCGGAGACAUUCCAGGUGGUUCUCUCCGAACCUGUACUGGCCGCCUUAGAAUUCCCCACCGAGGCCACAGUAGAGAUCGUUGAUCCAGGGGACGAAUCCACUGUCUUCAUCCCCCAGUCUGAAUACUCCGUGGAAGAAGAUGUGGGUGAGCUCUUCAUCCCCAUCAGGAGGAGUGGCGAUGUGAGCCGGGAGUUGAUGGUGCUCUGUUACACGCAGCAAGGAACAGCCAGCGGAACAGUGCCAACUUCGGUACUGUCCUACUCUGAUUACAUCUCCAGGCCCGAGGACCACACUAGCAUCAUUCGCUUUGACCGAGAGGAGCGUGAGAAAAUGUGCAGGAUUGUCGUGAUUGAUGACUCCUUGUAUGAAGAGGAAGAAACAUUCCAGGUCCUUCUGAGUAUGCCCAUGGGUGGUAGAAUUGGAUCCGAGUUCCCAGGAGCACAAAUUACUAUUGUACCUGACAAAGACGAUGAACCUAUCUUUUACUUUGGAGAUGUGGAGUACGCGGUGGAUGAGAGCGCAGGCUACGUGGAAGUGCAGGUCUGGAGAACUGGCACCGACCUGUCCCGCGCUGCCAGCGUCAUGGUGAGAUCCCGGAAAACCGAGCCACCCUCUGCCGAAGCUGGAACAGACUAUGUGGGAAUCAGUCGUAAUUUAGAUUUUGCUCCUGGAGUCAACAUGCAGACUGUUCGUGUUAUCAUUCUGGAUGAUCUUGGACAGCCAGUGCUGGAGGGAAUUGAGAAAUUCGAACUGGUGCUUCGUAUGCCAAUGAGCGCUGCCCUGGGCGAACCCAGCAAAGCCACGGUGUUCAUAAAGGACUCUGUCUCUGAUUUGCCUAAGAUGCAGUUCAAAGAACGAGUAUAUACUGGCAAUGAAAAUGAUGGACAAAUAGUUGCAAUGAUCCACAGGAGUGGAGAUAUCUACUACAGAUCUUCAGUGAGAUGCUACACACGACAGGGAUCUGCCCAAGUAAUGAUGGACUUUGAAGAGCGCCCAAACACAGACCUCUCUGUUAUCACCUUUCUCCCUGGUGAGACAGAAAAGCCUUGUAUACUUGAAUUGAUGAAUGAUGUACUGUAUGAGGAAGAGGAAGAGCUCCGUCUGGUUCUUGGCACCCCACAAAGCAACUCUCCUUUUGGGGCUGCGGUUGGUGAACAAAAUGAAACUCUGAUAAGGAUACGAGAUGAUGCUGACAGAACAAUUAUUAAAUUUGGAGAGACCAAAUUUAGUGUCAGUGAACCCAAAGAAGCUGGACAGUCAGUGGUUAUAAGAAUUCCAGUGAUUCGACAAGGCGACACCUCAAAGGUUUCUGUUGUGCGAGUGCACACCAAGGAUGGCUCGGCCACCUCAGGAGAAGACUACCACCCUGUGUCAGAAGAAAUCGAGUUUAAGGAGGGAGAUACCCAGCAUUUUGUUGAAAUUGAAAUACUUUUCGAUGGGAUAAGAGAGAUGAGAGAGGCCUUCACUGUUCACCUAAAACCUGAUGAAAAUAUGAUAGCAGAGACUCAGGUCACCAAAGCCAUUGUGUAUAUAGAAGAAAUGAACAGCAUGGCAGAUGUCACUUUUCCUUCUGUUCCUCAAAUUGCGUCCUUACUGAUAUAUGAUGACACUUCCAGGGCCAAAGAGAGUGCUGGACCUGUGUCUGGCUACCCUGUUGUCUGUAUCACAGCUUGCAACCCAAAAUAUUCAGACUUUGACAAAACAGGUUCCAUAUGUGCAAGUGAAAACAUCAAUGACACUUUGACCCGAUACCGAUGGUUGAUCAGCGCACCAGCUGGGCCUGAUGGCGUGACCAGCCCCAUGAGAGAAGUUGACUUUGACACCUUCUUUACAUCAUCCAAGAUGAUCACACUAGACUCCAUAUACUUCCAGCCCGGCUCCAGGGUGCAGUGUGCAGCUCGUGCAGUGAACGCUGAUGGCAAUGAAGGUCUAGAGCUGAUGAGCCCUAUUGUAACGAUUGGCAGAGAAGAAGGUCUUUGUCAGCCCCGGAUGCCAGGAAUUGUGGGAGCAGAGCCAUUCUCAGCUAAACUACGCUACACAGGUCCUGAGGACUCGGAGUACACGAACCUAAUUAAGCUCACCGUCACAAUGCCACACAUAGAUGGCAUGCUUCCUGUGAUUUCUACUAAAGAACUUUCCAACUUUGAACUGACACUCAGCCCUGAUGGCACAAGAGUAGGAAACCACAAGUGUUCUAACCUCCUGGAUUACACUGAGGUGAAGACCCACCACGGUUUCUUGACUGAUGCUACGAAAAACCCAGAGAUAAUUGGAGAGACCUAUCCUUACCAGUACAGCUCUUCUGUCCGAGGUUCCAGCACCUUGCGCUUUUACCGAAACCUGAACCUAGAAGCCUGUCUGUGGGAGUUUGUCAGCUACUAUGACAUGUCAGAACUUCUCACCGACUGUGGAGGCAGCAUCGGAACUGAUGGACAGGUGCUGAACCUAGUGCAGUCUUAUGUGACCCUUCGAGUUCCUCUGUACGUUUCCUAUGUGUUCCAUUCCCCUGUUGGAGUAGGAGGUUGGCAGCAUUUUGACCUGAAAUCCGAGCUUCGCCUAACUUUUGUGUAUGAUACUGCCAUCUUGUGGAAUGAUGGAAUUGGCAGCCCACCCGAAGCUGAACUCCAAGGUUCUCUCUAUCCAACCAGCAUGCGCAUCGGUGAGGAGGGUCGCUUGGUUGUGAACUUCAAGACGGCAGCUCAGUUCCAUGGCUUGUUCGUGCUCUCUCAUCCAGCAUCCUUCACAAGCUCCAUGAUUAUGUCAGCGGAUCACCCAGGCUUGACCUUCUCCCUCCGCCUGAUAAGGAGUGAACCCACCUACAACCAGCCAGAGCAGCAGUGGAGCUUUGUUUCUGACUUUGCAGUGCGUGACUACUCAGGGACCUACACUGUAAAACUUCUCCCAUGCACCACCCCAUCCUAUCAAGAGUAUCGCCUGCCAGUUACCUGCAACCCCAGGGAGCCAGUCACCUUUGACCUUGACAUCCGAUUCCAACAGGUCAGUGAUCCUGUGGCGGCUGAGUUUAGCUUGAACACCCAGAUGUAUCUACUCUCCAAGAAGAGUUUGUGGUUGUCCGAUGGAUCCAUGGGAUUUGGGCAAGAGAGUGAUGUCGCUUUUGCAGAAGGUGACAUAAUUUAUGGCCGUGUCAUGGUAGACCCUGUCCAGAAUCUUGGUGAUUCCUUUUACUGCAGCAUUGAGAAGGUGUUCCUGUGCACUGGAGCCGAUGGCUAUGUCCCCAAGUACAGCCCAGCCAAUGCAGAAUAUGGAUGCUUAGCUGAUUCUCCUUCACUCUUAUAUAGAUUUAAAAUUGUGGACAAAGCUCAGCCAGAGACACAAGCCACCAGUUUUGGAAAUGUUCUGUUUAAUGCUAAGCUGGCCAUGGAUGACCCUGAAGCUAUUCUCUUAGUGAAUCAGCCUGGAUCUGAUGGAUUUAAAGUUGAUUCAACACCACUUUUUCAGGUUGCUCUGGGGAGAGAAUGGUAUAUACACACCAUCUACACGGUAAGAUCUAAAGACAGUGCCAACCGAGGCCUUGGCAAAAGAAGUGUGGAGUCCCAAUACCAUUCGGUGGUGGGCCAGCAGAAGCCUCACACGGGGAGCAAGGGCAGGGAGAAGAGGGAGAUCAGGAGCACCCCGCCGCUAGCAUGGGAAAUCGGAGCAGAGAAAAACCGAGGCACCAACAUCCAGCACAUCUCCCUGGACCGCAGCCACCGGAAGCGAGUGCCCCAGGGGAGAAUUCCUCCCGACGGCCUCCUCCCUCGGGAGCUCAACACUCCAGACGCUGAGGUCAACCUGGUCAUGGUGGUGGCAGGCGUGGUGCUGGGCUUGCUCAGCCUCUGCCUCACAGCCAUCGCAGCACUGAUGUGCAAGAAGAAGAAGAAGGGCACCAAGAAGAAGGAGCCACCCAAGGGUUCCAGCAGCAGCGAGCCCAUGAUGUCCCCGCGGGGCCCAUACAGCGAUAGCUCGGAGGUCUGA